UAUAUACCAAAAAUUAAGAGAACGCGCGUCAUAAUGAUACAUACGUAUCAUAUGAAGGUUAUAUAGUGGAAGUCGUUACAAGCUUUUUAUAAUUUGUUAAUUUAAAGUGUAAAUUGCAUAAGGAAAAAUGAUUAUUUCACAGUUAAUAUGUCGUUCUAUAUUAUCCAAAGUAACGAGAAAUGUUUAUAGCAAUGGUAAACAAAAAAUUAAAUUUAUGUCAACACAAAACCCAAAACCAGAUACCAAAAAUAAUGUUGAAACUGUACAUAGCAUUGGAACUCACAUGCACCCUGUUACUAACUUUGACAAAAGAAUAUUAGUAUGGGUUAAACGAUACCCGUCUAUGGCUGAUGUACCUGCACAAGUCACACGUGACUGUAUAUUGAAUGCCCGAAGUAAAGCUAGAGUACGCACUUGCAACAUUAUGAUAGUAAUCUCAGUAAUAGGAUUUUUAAUUGCUGCUAUAAGUGGAAAACGAGAAGUAGCAAGGGGAAAUACACUGACUAAAAGAGAUUUGGAAUGGCAAAAAAGCUUACGAAAAGAACAAAAAGCAGCUGAAGAUAAUAAGUGAAGCACUUAAAUCAAUAGAAAUAUUUAUGUUAUAGAAACCAAUGAAUAUAACAUGUAAUAAUUUAAAUAUUUAUUUUUGCAUGCAGUAUUUUUGGAAUUAUAAACUGAUAGUACUCAGAA